AUGGCGAACUCAACACCCGAUAUUAACUCCAUUCUCAAGAUGCUAGGAGAUGCGACACAGCGGCCGGCCACCUCGACGCCUACCCAGAACCACACUGGUGUUCCGGCCCCUGCGCCGGCUAUGCCUUCCGGAUAUGCACCGCCCGGGCAGAACCCAUACCAGCAGCAACCCACUUCUUACCAUCCGCCGCCCUCUUACCCCUACCCGCAGCCGGCCUCGAGCGGCAGCAUCGAUCUAAGCGCAAUUCGCCCUGUCAACUCGGGCACGGUGCAGCUCGCCGACGCGAUCGCAAAGGCAAAGGCAUACGCAACCGAGAAGGGUGUUACCCCCUAUGAUCGUCAGAAUGCACCAUACCCGGACCCUCGCCAGGACUCGAGGCACUACCAGCGCUCGAGAUCCAAGAGCCCGCGUGGGCGGGAUGCUUUCCGGGACAACCUGAACCCUUACCGCGACGAGAGGCGCGCUGAACACGGCGGCCAAGAUCGCGGUUACGCACGCGACCGAUCCUACUCGCCUGGUCGCGGCCGCCAAGGCUUCUCUCCGCGUGGUGGCCACGGUGGUGGUCGGGACCGAAUCACCGGCCCUCGUCCGCAGCGCGAGGAGGCCAAGGAGAUGAUAAACCAUAUAAUUCAGGAUAGCGGCAUGCGCAGCGGCAACCCCCAAAGCGGCGGUGACCGUGGCGGCCGUGAAGGUGGUCGCCGCGCUCCCGCCCCUCCCCCGGUUCCCAAGGAGGGCGAGGACAGCCUGCAAAUCAUGGUCCCCGAUAGGACCGUGGGCCUGAUCAUCGGGCGCGGCGGGGAGACGAUCCGCGAUCUCCAAGAACGCAGCGGUUGCCACAUUACAUCGUUAGCGAGAACAAGAGCGUCAACGGCCUCCGCCCGGUCAACCGACAGCAGGAAUGGGAACAAUGCGGGGGCUGCGCGCGGCGGCCGGGCUGACAGCUAUGGCGGUGGCGGUGGCGGCGCGCCCGACAAGGUCAACGACUCCAUCUACGUUCCCUCCGAUGCGGUUGGCAUGAUCAUCGGCAAAGGCGGAGAAACGAUCCGGGAGAUGCAAAACAUGACCGGGUGCAAGAUCAAUGUUUCACAAUCGUCUGGACCCGGCGAGGUGGAGCGGGAGAUCGGCCUUGUCGGCAGCCGCGAUGCCAUUGCCCAGGCGAAGCGUGCCAUCGAGGACAAAGUUGACGCAGCGAGGCAGAAGUCUGCCGGCGGCGGCGGACGUGGUCGUGGCCCGCCCCGUGAUUAUGACAGCCCCAAUUAUGGCCAAUCUUCUAACCCCAGCAGCGCCCCCAUGAAUGCGGCACCCGGCGGCGCGGCUCCCGCGGCUGCGGCCGGGAGCGGCGGGCAGCCUGACCCGUAUGCCAUGUAUGGUGGUUACGAAAAUUACAUUGCUCUCUGGUGGCAAUCCCAGCUUGCUACCCAGGGCCAGAGCCAGGGAGGCCCUUCGCAGGCCCCUGGGACCUCGUAA